CCACAUCUACCCAAAGUCUUUUGGGUGGGUAUAAACGCAAAAUUCAAAAGGAAUAAUCCAAGCAGAUGCUUUGUCCUGCUAUAUGGGUCUGAGUCUCUGACCGUCCAACGUCAGAUUUAAAAUCUCCUUCAAGUCGUUGCCUUUUGCUAAACCAAUCACGCUAAAGACACUCGAGCCAAAAAGCUUCAGCUUCCCCAGUGAUUUGGGAAAGAGAGGGAGUGAGAAGUUAAGAUGGCCACCAAUCUUGGAAGUACCAGGUACCCCUUCCUGUUGGCCUUUCUGUUCCUUGUAUUGUUGCAAACCAGAGUCUCGUGUUACCAGUACAAGGUUGGAGAUUUAGAUGCUUGGGGAAUACCCACUUCAGCAAAACCACAAAUUUACACACAAUGGUCCAGGUACCACACCUUCAAAAUCGGAGAUUCUCUCUUGUUUUUAUACCCACCAAGUCAAGAUUCUGUGAUACAAGUCGGGGAAGAAUCCUACAACAGCUGCAACCUGAAAGAUCCAAUCUUGUACAUGAACAAUGGCAACUCUCUUUUCAACAUCACCGCCCAUGGGGAGUUCUACUUCACCAGUGGAGAGCAGGGCACCUGCGAAAAGAAGCAGAAGCUCUACAUUUCUGUGAUUUCAGGCAAUGGAUCUGCAUAUUCUCCUUCCUACGGUCCCAGCGCAUUGCCAGAGACUUCAUCCUCUUACCCCACUGUUUUUGGUGCAAUCCCACAACCGCCUUCCUCUUCCCCUUCUCCUCUAAGCUAUCCGGUCUUCAUGGCUGCCCUCACCGGAUUUUCUGUAUCUGUACUUGUCGGCGGCAUCAUGUGAGGAACAUAAUUUACUCUUUUUCAGAUCCCAAAUGAGUAAGAUUCUUUUAUAUAUGUUCCACUUGGUAUUAUUUUUUCUUCGGCAUAUUGGUUAAUAUUAAAUUUUUGGGGUAACAAAUUUAAUUGGAAGAUGUAGUUCUAAA